AUGGCGCUGGCAGCAAGAGAGAUAAUCUGCGUGGAUGGCGACUGUGGCUAUGUGUCGUGGUGGCAUACCAAGACGGGCUAUAUUGUGCGAUGGGUUAUAUUCCUCGUCAUAUUCGUGCUUAUAUUCGGGUAUCUCAUAGGGGGGUACUACCAUGCUAGGAGGCGGCUGCGAAAGGGCCUCGAACCACUUGCCUAUCAUCGUUGUCUUGUGAGUCGUCGCUCCUACCGACCGACAUAUCAGGAGCAGUGGCCGCAGAACCAGUACUAUGCGCCCCAGCAGAGCGGCUACCAGGGCUACCCGAUGAACGAUAUGCCUCUCCCGGCGUACGAUCCGAACAGGCCGCCGCAGUAUUCUGGUCCGCCCGAGGGAGGUUCCAAGGUCGAUCCGUCGCAGAAUAGGAUGUCUACGCAUCGGGCGCCGGAGAGGAAUCCUGCGCCGGAGUAUGCGCCUCCUGCAGGGCCGCCGCCUGCGAGAUAG